AUGGAUAUCAAGCUUCAAGGUGAAGCCGAUUUCACGACUACUCUUGAAGAUCCAAUCGAACUCUUGAAACCUAUUGAACGAUUCAUGAAGAAGAGUGCUGAUGCUGAGUAUGACUUCUUGGAUUUCUGGGAAGCAAAUCAAAAGUUCUUUGCUAUGAAGCAAGGAACAACCGAAAACUUGAUGCAUUUCAAGGAACGAUUCUUGAGACAGGCUGAAGUCAUGCAAGAUCUAUAUGGCGUUGCCUGGUUCCGAAAUUUUGCAGUCAAGACAAAAGCGUAUGCUGCUAUUGCUAGCACCGAUACUACUGCUAGAGACAAGUUCAAGGAUGAUAUCUUUGAAGCAGUUCUUGCAACAGGAUUCCUGUGCAACUGUGAUCAAACGAGAACAGCUCCUCUGAUGCUGGAUCUUCAGACAAACUACUGCAGGGAAGUGGAUUAUUAUCCAAAGACGGUCAGCAAAGCACAAGAUAUGUUGAAGAUUCACAUGGAUGUGAUCAAGAAUCCGGGAGUGAACCUUUACCAAGGAAAAGACCAGCUAAAUAAAGGUAAAGGAAAAGGUAAACCGAAGGACGAUAAGAAAAAGGCGGCAUGUUAUGUAUGUGGCAAAGAGGACCAUAUGUCUCCAAAAUGCCCAGACAGACUGCUACCAGAGAGUCAAUGGAAACAUCCGAAACACUAUGUUGAUUACGGGAAGAAGCUCAAUCUCAAUCAGAUUGGAGCAACUGUCCCAACUACAGCUACAGUUCCUGGAACUUCUCCAGCGACAAGUGUGAUCACAGGUGGUACAUCGAGUGUAGCGGGAAGUGUUAACACACCUUUGCGACUUGCUGGUACUACAGGUACUCAAAUGAUGCAAGUUCCUUCGGGAAUGCAGCUCAUGUAG